CAGGGGCUGGGGCUAGCUCCACCGAGCCCUGGCCUGCCUGCUGGGGUGGGAGGUGGGGGGUGGUAGCCUAGGAAGGAACGCAGUGCUUGUGCCCCCGGUGUGGGGCGCGGGUCUAAUUGGAGGGGAGCGCCGCCAGCUCGGAAGCCGAUGGAGGCAAGGACAGCGCGCCCUCCUCCCCGUUUUCUGCCGAAAAUGCCGCACCUGGGCGUCAGGAUCGGGAGGGGCCUGGGGAUGGGCAUGGAGACGGGGCGGUAGGACCCGGCGGGCGCUUCCUUGGCCAGGGAGGGACCUGGGCGGGAGGGAGGGGAAGGGGGGAGGAGAGCGCAAAAGGGAAGGAAGGUGCUCGGGAGCGGGGCUCACGCUCUCUCCGCGCCGCUAGAGUAGCACCACCGGACCUGGACUCUAUAAAAGGAGUUGGUCCGUUCGUCCGCAGCUCACCAGCUCCUCCCGGGCUGCGCACGCCGCUCCCCCCAGAAAGCUGCCCGCUCCCCUGUGCCGCGCCGGUCCCCCAGCCCAGUGCGCUCCGCGGCGGGACCCCCAGGGGUGCUCGCGGGGACGCAAGUGGCCGCCGCGGCCACGAGGGGCGAGCAGCCGCCGCAGCCCAAGCCCCCGAGUCCCCCCUCGCCCGGCCCCGUGGCCGCGGGGCAGCUGGCCGGAGUGGCCGGCGCGUGAAAAGAAGGGGGGUGCGGGGGGGGCAGAGCGCCCGCGAGGCGCGGCGCCGCGCGGCUCCCAGACUUCACCCCACCCAACUCUGGCGGCCGCCGCCGCCGCAGGGAACUGCCCCAGCCCGGGGCGGUGGGCGGGCAGGCAAGACCCGGACUCCUGGCUCCUAGCCGGCCUGCACGCUCUGGGUCUCCGCAGCUGGGAAACUCCUGUGGGCUGAUUCUUGCAGCUCCAGGAGGAGCGCAGGGGUUAGGGAAUGCCCGAGCCUUUGGGGUAAGAGACCCCACACCUGGCGAAUGCUCCCUCCUGCAACCAUCCCUCGACCCCCCCUCCUCCUCCUCUAGAUCCGCGGCGGGAAGCCCGAGCGGAGCGGAGCGAGCCCGGGAGUGGAGAGAGAGGUGCAGCCGGAGCCGCGGCGGCAGCGCCGGGCGCACGGCGAGUGCAGGGGACGCGCUCGCCCAGCUCGGCUGCCUGCCGCGCCCUUGACCUCCCGUUUCAGCUGGCAACCUGGGUGGAGGAAUCAUUGAGGAGCCUAAGAAACUAACUAGCAGCCGUGCGGGCAAGACUGUGUGGUCUCUCCUGCAGGUCCUUCUCCCUUCCUCUCUCCCACGUCCGUUCCAUGCUUCAGGGCUGCGCUCCGGAGCAGCCGGGGCGAGGAGAGACAUGGAGAAGAACGGCGCUCCCCCGUGCGCCCCGCCGCCGGCGGGCUCCCAAGCCGGGGUUCCUCCAGCCAACCUCUCCGCCGCCGCCGCCCCUUCCCACAACUGCAGCUCCUCCGAGGAGGACUACGUCUACCAGGACUCGGUGGCCCUGCCCUGGAAAGUGCUGCUGGUCCUGCUGCUGGCGCUCAUCACCCUGGCCACCACUUUCUCCAACGCCUUCGUGAUCGCCACGGUGUACCGGACGCGGAAGCUGCACACCCCGGCCAACUACCUGAUCGCCUCGCUGGCCGUGACGGACCUGCUCGUGUCCAUCCUGGUGAUGCCCGUCAGCACCCUGCAGACCGUGGCCGGCCGCUGGACCCUGGGCCAGGUGGUCUGCGACUUGUGGCUCUCGUCGGACAUCACCUGUUGCACCGCCUCCAUCCUGCACCUCUGCGUCAUCGCCCUGGACCGCUACUGGGCCAUCACGGACGCCGUGGAGUACUCGGCCAAGAGGACUCCCCAGAGGGCGGCCGUCAUGAUCGCGCUGGUGUGGGUCUUCUCCAUCUCCAUCUCGCUGCCGCCCUUCUUCUGGCGCCAGGCCAAGGCCGAGGGCGAGUGCACGGUGAACACCGACCACAUCCUCUACACCGUGUACUCCACCGUGGGCGCCUUCUACUUCCCCACCCUGCUCCUCAUCGCCCUCUACGGCCGCAUCUACGUGGAGGCCCGCUCCCGCAUCCUGAAGCAGACGCCCAACCAGACCGGCAAGCGUCUGACCCGGGCCCAGCUCAUCACCGACUCCCCGGGGUCCACGUCUUCCGUCACCUCCAUGAACUCGCGCGCCCCGGACCUGCCCAGCGAGUCGGGGUCGUCCCCCGUGUACGGGAACCAAGUCAAAGUGCGAGUGUCCGACGCCCUGCUGGAGAAGAAGAAGCUCAUGGCCGCUAGGGAGCGCAAAGCCACCAAGACCCUGGGCAUCAUCCUGGGAGCCUUCAUCGUGUGCUGGCUGCCCUUCUUCAUCAUCUCCCUGGUGAUGCCCAUCUGCAGAAGCGCCUGCUGGUUCCACCAGGCCAUCUUCGACUUCUUCACGUGGCUGGGCUAUCUCAACUCCCUCAUCAACCCCAUUAUCUACACCAUGUCCAAUGAGGACUUCAAACAGGCCUUCCAUAAACUGAUACGCUUUAAAUGCACAAGUUGACUUGCCUAUUGAUUGCAUUGUGAGGGGGGGUCCCCUAAGUGGCCUUUGGGGACCAUGCUGUGUCUGGUUCCACAGGUAAGGUCGACUCUUCUUUCACUGUUAACUGGGUCUCCUCGGAGUGAGGCGUUGUCUUCUGGGCAAGGGCAAUGGAUCCUGAGAAGCCAGGACAAGCCCUGGGAGAGAGAGCACUGGAAGGAGAAACUGUGCAAACUAAAGAGAGCGCUUCCCAGCUGUGAGGAGGAGGCUCCCUUUCUUCCCUCACAGCCCAGGUUCAGCACUGGCCCUGCGGCAGCCAGUCACAAGGGGGGUUUGAGACUUAAAAAAAACACCCAUGAUGGAGAGGCGAUCCCUGCCCUGCUCCAUGCCCUCUAGGAGCAGUGAUCCAUGUAGUUGUCUGAACCCUGUCUGAGACAGAUGCAUACAGCUUGGCAGUACUUGAACUAGACACUUAACACCUUGUGUUUUUGGGGAGAACUUUUAUGUUACAGCUUCGUUUAAGAGCAGUUACUUUGGCAUCCUUCAGUCUUCAGUCUGCAUCUAUGUGACCUUGGUUGGAGAAACUUUGUGGAUUUGGUGCUUCAAACCCUGUGUGUGGCUUGGAGGGUACAGAGGAACCUUGAAGAGUUAACAGCAAAGUUCUGAUGUUAAGAUCUCUAUUUUUUAUUACAAUGGAAACUAUAUGGGAUGGGUGGGGUGGAAGGGAGAUGGGGAGAGAGCGUGAAACUGAGAACCAACACCUAUGAUUGUUUUCUGCAGAUUGGUGAUUUUUUUUUUUAAAGUUCCUACUUAAUGAUUUUUUUCAAACCACAGUUCUAACAACUCAAACAAAACAUUACGCGUGCUAGUGACAAAAUCUGCAGAUUGCUUUAUUUCCCCCCCUCCUAAUUUCAUGUACCUGGCAUUUUACACAUUUAAAUCCCCGUAAGUGGAGGAUAUGAUGGGUGACUCAGCCCAAGCUGCUCUAUUUCUUAUUAAUGCAGUUGAUUAAACUGAUGAUAUUAGAGAUACUGCUCCUUAACAAGAAAUGUAUCUUUAUUCCUUAUCCAAUUCAGUGACAUGUAAAGGAGACUGAUGAAUAGGAAUGGUUCUUACACAAUUAAGGAAUGAAGGCCAAUAGGAGGCUGUAUAUUUUGACUUGUAAAAAAAUCUUAAAUGCAUGAGACUUUUUUCUGAUAGUCAUUUGCACUCUCCUUCCCAUCUGUAACUCAUUUGUGUGCUAACAUAUGAAGUUAACCAAGAGAACUUGCUUGGUUCUCCAAAAAUCUUCAAAAUGCAGUAAGAACCCCAAAAACUAUAUCAAAAGAAAAAAGAAAAAAAAGCUUGUUACUUUUACCUUUCUAUUGAAGUUUGGGUAGGAACAAAGAUCACUAGAAAAUGACAUGCAAGAACUUUAGAAAAGCCCCCAAUAAACUAAAGCUGAGCUGGUAAUUCAUGGAACCAAAUGUCAAACUUUUUAGGUAAUCAAGAAACUGAUAAGCCUUGGCACCUCAGAAAUUUGUCACUGACCUGAUACCUCAAUGAAUAUAACAGUAAUGAUACUUUAAAUUUAUGUCUUUUAAAACUGCAACAAUACUUACGUGUUAUCCCAAUUCACUCUAACUAACACAGGGCAAGAUUUCACACUAAAUGAUGGAAAAAACAAUGCAUUAUCUAAAUAAAAAAAGUAGUAGCCCUGAAGGACCAUCUACACAGAAAAAAUAAAAUGUAUGUGGACCAUUUAAUAUGCCAAAGAAGAUUUACAUUCCCUUCUCCAGAGAGCUAUCUGCAGUUGCUACCUUGUGUCUGCAGAAGCAAGUUUGUCUUUGUGAAAUGAGUUCACUUCCUGCUUGAAGCUCUUCAAUCCAGACUGGAAGACAAUAGAUAUAGAGAUCUGAAGUGCACCCUUUGCUUACUAUACAGACCUUCAUUCUGGGGUGAUGACUCUUGAAAGUAUACUAUUCUAAAUU